UUUCCUCCUCUGACAGGGGUGAGGUAAAGGCUUGGGAAGGCCUCAAACCCCAUUUACAUAGUGAAACUUCUAUCUCUCAAUCUUUUUAACCUAUAUAUAUGUGUUUAUUUCUGAAUCGAAUUAUUUAGGAACCUAAAACUGUGGACCAAACUGAACACCCUAUUUUUGAGUUUUUGAGUUCCCCUUCUGUCAAAAGGGGUCCUGGGUAUCCAGUUCCACAAACCCCCUCCACAGUCAUCUCCGGCGCUCGUGCGGGCGAGCAGUGAGCUUCCGGCGGCGUGAAUAGUGCUGUUGGAUGAAAGAGGAUGGAGAAGCCGCAGUAAAUGCGGCUCAUGAUGCCGACACGUUGCUCCUCCGGUAUUCAGGCUAGAGACAGACAGACAGAGAGAGAGAGAGAAGGAGAGAGAGAGAGGGAGAGAGAGAGAGAGACGCUGCAUAACGGGGAUGUGAUGCAUUAGUCUCCUCUCCUCCCUUCUUCUCCUCCUCCUUUGCUUGUCCACCGCGAGGAGGCUGAAGAUGCGCACACCACCUUGAAGCGACCUCGUUAGUACGCGAUUGACGAUUUGUGCUCAUGAGCCUGCUCGGAGGCUACAAGAAGAGGAGCGGUUAUGAUGGUUAUGAAUCUUUGCAGUUGGUCGAUAGCGGAGGAGGCGGAGGAGACUUCAGCAGGAGCGGCGGAGGAGGAGGAGGAGGAGGAGGUGGUGGAGGUGGUGGUGGAGGAGGAGGAGGAGGAUUGGCAGCAGUGACCCUCGGCUCCAAGGCGCGACUGGACCACUGCAGCAUCAUGGAAGGCUCAGAUAUGGAUGGGAACUAUGGGGGUGGACUGCUGGACAUGGUUAAAGGAGGUGCUGGAAAGUUCUUCAGCAACUUCAAGGACAACCUGAAGGACACCAUCAAGGACACUUCCACAAAGGUUAUGAAUCAAGUGGCCACCUACACCAAAGGAGAGCUGGACAUUGCCUACAUCACCUCGCGUAUCAUAGUGAUGUCAUAUCCUGCCGAGGCUGUGGAGUUGGGCUACAGGAACCAUGUGGAGGAUAUCCGCUCUUUUCUGGACUCGCGUCAUGCUGAUCAUUACACUGUUUUCAAUCUGUCCCAGAGGAACUACCGUGGAGCCAAGUUCUCCAACAGGGUGUCUGAAUGCAAUUGGCCAUCCAGACAAGCCCCGAGCCUUCACAACCUGUUUGCAGUGUGUAAGAAUAUGCACAACUGGCUCAAGCAGAACCCCAAGAAUGUGUGUGUGAUCACUUGCUCGGAUGGCAGGGGUCCCUCUGGUGUGCUGGUCUGUGCCAUGUUCUGCUUCUGCCACCUUUUCGUUAACCCGGUACCUGCCAUGCAACUGCUCAGCGCCAAGAGACCCGGAUCAGGCCUGUGGCCCUCACACAGGAGGUACGUAGGCUACGUGUGUAGCAUGGUUUCUGAGAAGCCCACAUUGCCCCACUCCAAACCGCUGAUAAUCAAAUCUGUCACGAUGAAUCCCAUACCCUGCUUCAACAAACAGCGCAGUGGUUGUCGACCUUUUUGCGACGUCCUGAUUGGCGAGACAAAGAUCUUCUCCACAGCACAGGACUAUGAGAGGAUGAGGGAGUACAGGGUGCACGAGGGAAAGGUGGUCUUCAACCUGGGAGUGAGUGUCCAAGGCGAUGUCGUGAUCUCAGCCUAUCACAUGCGCUCCCACGCACUACAAGCCAAGGUGACCAACACACAGAUAUUCCAGAUUCAGUUCCAUACAGGCUUCAUCGCCCCCGGCACAACAGUCUUAAAGUUUAUGAAGUCAGAGCUGGAUGCGUGUGAUUCUCCAGACAAGUAUCCUCAGUUGUUCCAAGUGCUGCUGGAAAUUGAGGUGGAGAACACAGAGAAGCAGAAAGAUCUCACACCACCCUGGGAACAGUUCCCCACCAAAGACUUGAGUCCAAACGUGCUGUUUUCCUGCCACCAGGAGCACAAGGAUGCUCUCGCUGUUGCAGAUCCAGCGCAGGCCCAUGGGGCCCAGGGGGGCUGUGUGGGCCCAAAUGAGGAGAGCGAGCCCUCAGAUGAUGACAUGCUCUCGCUAUCUAGCCAGCAGAGCAGCGGCAGUGGAGACAAAGCCAAAGGGGCCAGUAAAGCCGAGGCUCAGUCCGCUGCUCCCCCUCCGCCUGCUGAGGACGUUGACCUCCUGGGCCUAGACGGAGGAGACAUUCAGCCUCCUCCAACUUCCCCACAGCCUUCUACCACCACUAACACCACCACUGACCUGCUGGGAGAUCUAUUUGGAGCUCCAGGCUCUCAGAUAUCCAGUGGCCCCACUUCUGCCCAGUCUACUCCUAAAAGGACUGCCUCCUCCACCUCGCCUUGCCCCUCACCUAGACCUACAGACAGUUUUGACCCGUUUGGGUCAGCUCCAUCUACCGCAAAGCCUCAAGACUUUAUGGGGGCCUUCCUGGGACCAGGUAAUGUGGGGCAGCCAGAGCCCUUCCUGCAUGCUGCACGCUCUCCAUCUCCCACUAUGCAGAACAUGGGCUUGGGCCGCAGCUCGCCCGUGCCCCCCACUACACCCACAGUAAACAUCCAGCAGCAGAGCACUGUGGGAGGAGGAUGGGACUGGAACAGAGCAGCUCCCCCUGCAGGUGGUGGUUUCGGUGUAGGCAGUAAAUCAGCUGGUACGAGUCCUACUAGCUCUGUACACAACACUCCUACUCACCAGGCCAAACCGAACACCCUGGACCCUUUCGCUGACCUCGGCAACCUGGGAACAAGUCUGGGAGGUGGAUCAGGAUUCUCCAGUAAACCCACCACUCCAACUGGAACAGGAGGAGGAUUUCCUCCCAUGAGUUCCCCCCAGAGACCCACUGCCUCUCCCCAACACACCACAGCAGGCUGGCAGUCCAGCACGGCUUUCCCCUCAUGGCAGCAUGGAGGUGCGGGUCAGUGGCAGCCACAGGCCCAGGCCAAAGCCCCAGGACCAUCCAUGACACACAGCUCUCCUCAGAACAGGCCCAACUACAAUGUCAGUUUCUCCGGCAUGGGUGCAGCUGCGACAGGGGGAAAAGCACAACCCAACAUGGGUACCAAACCGAAGGCUACUGAUGCUAAUUUUGAUGACCUGCUGUCUGGCCAAGGCUUUACAGGCAGUAAGGAAAAGAAAGGCCCAAAGACUAUAGCAGAGAUGAGAAAAGAAGAGAUGGCAAAAGAGAUGGAUCCAGAAAAACUGAAGAUCCUGGACUGGAUCGAGGGGAAGGAGCGUAACAUCCGCGCUCUACUCUCCACCAUGCACACAGUGCUGUGGGAGGGAGAGAGCCGCUGGAAACCUGUGGGCAUGGCUGACCUCGUCACUCCUGAACAGGUGAAGAAGGUCUACCGCAAGGCUGUGCUAGUCGUCCACCCCGACAAGGCAACUGGACAGCCCUAUGAACAAUAUGCCAAGAUGAUUUUUAUGGAACUAAAUGAUGCAUGGUCAGAGUUUGAAAGCCAAGGACAAAAAGCUCUUUACUGAGACUUCCUGCACCGAGCGACCGCAGAAAAACCCCACCCUGCUGCUGUUUUACAACACAAUCGGUCAACCACUCCUCUUCAGAACAGCAUGAGACGAUGACCAGGUUCAUCAGAACCCCCUUCGCUGUUCUCCUCCCUCUGCUACAUCCUGCUCCGUACACUGCACACACUAGAGCAUUCGUCUGCAUAGUGUGACUGUGUGAGUGUCAGUCUGUAAUCACUUACGUAACUGGUCUCUGAUAAAUCAGCUGAUGAGCGAGGUACUUCGUGAGCUUAGAAAUAGUCUUGUGUUCUCCACAAAGCUAGAACUCACAUAUCUUUCUUUCCAUCAAACACAGUAUUUCUUCCAUUUUUUUUUUUUUGUAGUUCUUAGCUAGUUCAGCACCUAAAUAACCGCACAUUUAACUGAUCUAAGUUGCAUAUAGUGGUGUGAGUGGUGUAGACCAUGCGCAGGUCCGAGAUGACACUAAAGUGUGCCCUUAAUCAUACGUAGCACCAUGAGUUAAGAGCAAAAGUUGAAGGUAAGCAUGAGGUAACACUGUCAGCAUACUCUUCCGCACAUCUAAACUGUGUGGAGUGACACGAGGCUUUUGAAAUUCAAGUGCGGGGAAGAAAAGCACAGAAAUAACGAAAGACUAGACAAGUCUUGUACAUGCAGCUAGAUAUAUUGAUAUAUUUAACAGAAUCUGUGAAAAGCAAAUGACUAGGAGUUGAAUUUUUCCACUGACUACUGACAUAUCUGUGUGUAUGAAAUGUGCUGCACUGUAUUUUAUGUUGUAUUGUUUACAAAAGUAGUCUUAAGACAAAUGGUUUAUUCACAGCAUAGAGAGUCUAAAACAACAAAACACAAGUAGCUACUAAUAAUAUUCCUACUGAAAUAACAUUGUAUUGUGGUGUGUGCUUAAUUCAUUGUGACAGGUGAGUACUAAAAUCUUAACACUGGAAAAAUUACAGUGUACAUUUAUUAAAAUGAUCAUGAGUAAUGGGAUAGUAGUUAGGGUGCUUGAAGGAAAAUCAUUUUGACAUUACAAAAACAAUUAUUGAAAAUUUAAUAGAUUUUUUUUUUGGAAUGAGAGUGAAUUGAGAAAUAUUUUAAAAAAUGACACUGUUUUAUGGUGCCUUUCAAUAUUCACUGAAUCAUUUUAGUUUGUUCUAAUUGACCUUAUUAAUGGAUAAAAAUAAAUAAUGUUUCAAAUAGACAGAUACAUAUACAAUAUAUACAGAGGCAUAUGGUUCAAUAAAAAAGGUUUAAAUAUUAGUCCAUGACACCCAUUUGAUGUUUUGGUUUUAUUCAAGUCUGCAUGUUUUUUAAAUUGAAUAACACUGCUAGACUUCCAACAUAUUCUAUGGAAUAAUAUCAAAUAUCUAAUUAUGUCUCUUAUAAUUCAUGAUAAUAAUUAUAUAGUGAUAGUAAUGAACAAGGAUUUUGUCACCUUUUUUGACCAGAGCCCAGAUUUUUUUUUUUGAAUGAACCAGGAUUUUGUCACCACAGUUUUGUUGGCUUGACAAAAUUUUCUGACUGAAUCAAGAUGUAUAUUUGGCCUGAAUAUGCACGUGUGUGUGUGUGUGUGUGUAUGUUUGUAUAAGUGUGCAUUGAUGUCUAUAAUUCUCCCAGUUUAUUGACUCACUAGCUCUCUUGUGUUAGGGAAUGUGAAUGACAGAAUCUGCAUUGCUUCUUUUGCCAUAGAGAUCUUUCACUUUAAUUUCACAUAUCAUGUAAAGAAGACCUCAAUAUUGUCAUCUUCACUGAACAUCAUCAAAUCAACUUCUGCAAUAUUUGAUAGCUUCAAAUCAUGUGUAGGCCUGUAAAGUGGUACACAGUCCAGAUGUAAUGACUCUUAGUGUUGGACAACCACAAAACUGAUCUGCCCUUUCUCAAUUGGUAUAUUUGCACUGGAAUGGCACUAUGAUUUACAAUAGGUAUGUGCAUUAACAUACAGUACCUACAUACCCAUUGCUCAUUAUUUCUAUGCCUAUGUGAAAAACUGGGUCCUGCUGUUGACGUUUAGGGCUCUUCUGGAUCUUUCAGUUGACUGCCUCUCCCUCUCUGCAAAAGACUUUCCUGAAUGUCUUUUCAAAAUACCAAGCACUGAUUAUUGGAUGGACCCCUGCAUCUGGAAUCAUACACUCCUCUUCCCUCACCUGUUGUGGACUGAAUUAUCUUCCUCCUUGAGGCUGUUUUGUUGUUCCUGAAGCUAAUCUCUGUAUACAGUAGUGAACGUGUGGUGUUACCAAUAAUACUGUACUAUGUAAGAAGGUGGUUUGGAUGCAGUUUUGUGUUUGCCUGUCUGCUGUAUCACCAUUACUGAAAUGUGAACUUUAUUUUAUGUGUUCCCUCUCUUGGUUUCACCCGUAAAAAAAGUGAGCUGCACAAAUAAAUGGGCAAGAGAGUACGCGAUCCAUAAAAUCAUGUCUGGUUACUUUUUUUUUUUUUUUUAAAUGUUGAAUCAACAGUUAAGACCCUGUUUUUAAGGCUGGGGUCCAAAAGACGAAACAGAAGAGGAUGAUUCAGGAUAAUUCCAGAAAGAAAGACAGGGUUAAAAAUCCAAAGAAACUAGCUGCUCAGACAAACACCAGACUAAUGACCCACAACUUGUUGUGUGCUUGUUGGUAUAACAGCCCAAAGAAACACAGGGUUGGAAUGGACACAUUAGAGAGGAGUAAAAUGCAACAGGUCAGGCUAAUUACCUACUAUGACAACAGGGAAACAGGAAACACUCACAAUACAGUAUAAGAAAAGUGAAAAGCCAAAAAGAGACAGGUUACAAAGUGCCCAGAGUAUGAAACAUGAUCAGAGACAGAAUCAGGGGAGAUGUGACAUGAAUAAUUAAAAGCCUAAUUUUAAUUAAUAAUACUUUCUUGGACAUCACAACAUAAUAAAACAGUUACUACACUACCCUUUGCUAAAUUUCACUUCAUUACACUACACAUAUUUAAUUUGCUUCAUAGCUUGUGUAUGGUUUUUGCAUGUAUAUUUAUCUCAUUUGUUGCUGCUUUGAUGCUUUCAUCCAAGGCAACUACAGUUGAGACAAGAUACAGCUGAGCAUUUGAGGAUUAAGGGUCUGGCUGAAGGAUCCAGCAGUGGCAGCUUGGUGGUUCCAGGAUUUAAAUUCAAAUUCAAAACCUUCCAUUCAGUAUCCCAAUGCCUUAAACACUGAGCUACCACUGCUUGGAGCCAUGACACUACCUGGUGUUGUUUUGGAACAAUAAAUGACUUAAUCUACCAGGAAAAACUUGGCCUACUGGAAAGGUGUAUGAAAUACUGCAGACACCACAGUCACCAGAGUGAAGACCCUGAGGACGUCCCACAAGUCUUGAGGUCCCAUUUGGGACAUGGCCUUCUGAAAAUGAUCCCAGUUUAUUACUCGUCUUCAGUAACAAUAUUAAAAACAAAAUGACUGAGAAUGAAAUGAUUGUUUGUGUAUCUUUAAUUGAUUAAAACAGUUCUAUUCUAUUUUAUUUGUAUAGUGUUGUUAACAAUAGACUUAAUGACUAAUCCAGAGACAACAGUGGCAAGGGAAUGAGGAAGAAACCUGCAUUAAUUGAAAAGUAAAUCAUUUAAGGGUGUUAGUGUUAUGCGAAAGCUUGAGGAAAUCCUGCUGUGUGGUACAGCUAGAAAAUGUGAUUUCAGUUAUUUCACACAAGAUGGCAGCAACAAGUGA